AAAGGGGUGCAUGUUGGGAGAACACGUGGAUACCGGUACAAUUUCACUGGAGCAGUUGUUUUGGUAAGUCCCUAUUCACCAAAAUACUUUUGCAUUCCUCUUUAUCUGUGCCAAAUAUUUAUCAGUUUACACUUUGAAUUGUGUUCUUUAUGCUAACUGCAGCUCUUGGAAUGGCCCUCCUCAAGUGUUGUUUACAUGUCUGUCUCGUGUGGGAUGUAGCUCAGUUGGUAGAGCAUGGCGUUUGCAACGCCAGGGUUGUGGGUUCGAUAAAAAAAUAAUGUAUGCACUAACUGUAAGUCGCUCUGGAUAAGAGUGUCUGCUAAAUGACUAAAAUGUAAAUGUAAAAAUGUGUGUCUGAUUUAUGUGUCAAGUGUGUUAGCUUGCUUGCUAAUCCAUGCAAUAAAAAAACUCACUUGUUAGAAUAGUAUGUACCCAGGGUAUUGCACUGUGGUGCAGUGUACCUACUAGGAUUAAUAGAGAGUAGGAAUUAGUUUAUGUCAUUCUGAGUUUACCUAGCUAGCUAGCUAACUACCUAGCUCGGGUGCCCAUAGAGAAUGAUAGAGGCCUCUGGUGGCCAAAAGCUCAUUUUUACCAUGGGAAGCGCCAUUGAGGGCUUCCACCAUUUUAAUGUAGUCAACUGGGUGGGACUUCCAACUUCAUUGGCUGAUCCCUCCAGAUGAUCCGGUUCGAGUAAUUUCCAACCGGGUCAACAGAAGGGAUCAGCCAAUUGUGAAGAAGAAAAUUGACUACUUGAAAGGAGAUGGCCUCAAUGGCGCUGCCGAUGCUGUCACAGAUGCUAUAAUGUAGGGCGUUCACUUGCUGCUGUACAAUGUAGAGAAAAACGGGGCAAUUCAAGAGGGUGCUACGAAAUUAUUGUCAAAACGUGGUUUUCUUUGCCCCAUGUCAUUAUAAAUUACAUAGAAUUAAUCAUUACAUUGUUCUCUACAAUAUUAUAACCUUAAUAUACUUGACAGUGUUGAUUAAAUAAGAACGUUCAUUUGCUGUGACCGUUGCUGGUUUAGACUGCGUCGCUCUUGGUUGUAUCUCUUCCAUAUUUGGUGUUGUGAGGUGGUACUAUUUGGAGGUGUUUCCACUGGUUGGACAAAUCAAAAUAAACUUGAUACCUUUGUCAUUUUCUACUCCAGAUCGUUGGCUUUCAUUGCCUAUAACCAUGGUCAAUCUAUGUUGAGGGGCCGUUUCUAUGGCGAUUUAAAAGGAACGACUCAAAAAUACACAAUGAAAACAGGAAUAGAUUGUCUUUGCGGAGGGUGGAUAUUGAAAUUCAGUAUUUUAGCUUUGUAAAUACAUAUAUAUUUAGUCCCUAUUUAGUUUUGUAUUCAGCGGAUUUAAUUUAUAAAAAGCCCAUGUUUUCACUCACGAACCUGCAGCCAAUAGCUAGCUCGUCAGUUGAUGUUCGAAGAUAGCGUCGUUUUGCCGUGGUGCAGCACCACAGAGUUCUAUUGAGCAGUGACCACUUUUUGAUCAUGCCUGUGAUGACAUUCCAUUCACUCUAAACAUGCUCAAUUCAGAAUAAAUUAUCAGUAACUUUUUAACCAUAUAUGGUAGAGACAUGGGGUUUGGACUGUUUUUCUGACAGACUGUUCUAUUGAAUGGACUUUGAUCUAAUUAAUAAUUUUAUGGGUGAACACGCUAUGUAAUGGCACAGAUACAAAGAUGGGUCCUCUAUCUGUCUCUAUGGGGGUGUCAAACUAAUUCUAUGGAGGGCCUAUCAUUGUUAAAGUUGUAAAUAUGUAUUUAUUAUUUUUAUUGUUUCAUUCUCUUCUCUUUUUGCAAUGCACUGUUGGAGCUCGGAGCUUAAGAAUUUCACUGUACCCUGCAAUUACAUCUGCGACCCUGUGCAUGUGACUAAUAAACUCAUGUAAUCUAGGGUCUGAGGGUUUUUGCUAAUGUUCUUUACUAAUCAAUUACCUUAAUUCAUCAAUCAAGUACAAGGGAGGUGCAAAAACCUGCAGAUGCUCAGCCCUCUGUGGCUUGAGUUUAACAGUGACCUAGGGGCAAUUCCAUGGUAACGGAAUUGGUAUUCAUUUUUCACUUCAAAAUGUAUACCAAACAAAAACUAUUGAUUUAAAAGUUUAACAAACCAUCAAACUCGAUUCACAAUGACUACUUUUAAUAAAUUCCACUGAACAUAUUACAAAAACACAUUUACAAGAACAACUGUGCAGAUACAAAGUUUGGUAACAGAAUAAAACAGAGGGAGAUUUUACUGUAAUUCUGUUACCGAACUUUUCAUCUGCAUAAUUUUUCCAGUAAAAGUUUUUUUUUUUACUGUGUAAAUUGUUCAAAGUAGUCAUUGUGCAUAGUUGUAUACACCAAAAACAAUGUUUUUUAAUGUUUGUCAUACACUUUUUAAAGUGAAAAAUAGGAGCAUAAUUCCGUUAUCGUGGAAUUGCCCCUAACUAGUUACUUUAACAUCUUUCUUGGUGGCUAUCAAUAGACUGGAGAAAAUCUACCAUCUCUUACUGUAGUUAGAGUAGCUAACUAGAGAUGUUAAACUUAUGCUCUUCAUAAGUAAAUAGCAGUAGGCUGCAUUACUAGCUUCUGAUCUGCAGUAUUGAAUACUUCUAUUCAGUUCAGUUUGGACACCAAUAGAUGUGCAUAAUCAGAAUUGAGUACUGAGCACAAAAAUUGCUCUAAUAAGCUUACAUGUGAGGUAGGCUGUUCUUGGUUGUUACGACAAGUAUGAUAGUAUUAGUAAGUAAGAGAGUAGUGUGUAUGUAGAAAGGAUAAUAACUAAUCUUGUUUUCUUUCUUUAUCUUGUGCAACGUUAACUUCCAUUGACAAACUGUCUGACCUCUUUACAGGUACUCCUCCGACGACUUAGCCAUCAUGGCUUCCAAAAAGAGCCAAAGCGGCGAUGACCGCUUCCAGAAAGUGAAAAAGGACCCACGCUUCUGGGAAAUGCCAGAGAAAGAGCACAAAAUCAAGAUUGACAAGCGCUUCCAGUCCAUGUUCCACGACGAUCGCUUCAAGCUCAAGUACACGGUCGACAAACGCGGCCGACCUGUCAACCACACAACCUCAGAGGACCUGAAACGUUUCUACAAUCUCUCUGACUCGGAGGAGGAAAAGGAGGAUGGAAAGGAUACAGAGGAGAAAAAGAAAAAGAAGAAGACAAAAGCAAAGUUGGACUCUGGGAAGGGAGAGGAGAAGGUAGUGGAUGAGCCUAAAAAGCCUCUGAAGAAAGAGAAGGCUUCACAGUCCAUAAAGAGUGGACCUAAAGGAGACCAGCCUAUCAGAGGAGUCAGACUGUGUGAGGAGGGUAAGGAGAAGAGGGGACCUAACAUGCAUUACACCUCAGGGCCGCUGCUAAAGCAAAUGCGUUAAAAGCAAAUGUUUCAAGUUUUAUUGUCACGUGCACAAGUACAGUGAAAUGCAUUUCUUGAAAGCUCUUUCCCAACAAUGCAGUAAUCAGUAUCAGUAGUCCUAUAAAGUAAAGUAGAACAAAAACACACGAGAAAUAGAAAUUAGAAGAAUACGAGAAAGUAAGUAAGCUGUAUACAGGGUCAGUGCCAAUACCAUAUUUACAAUGUGCAGGGGUAGAUAUAGACCCCUUUCUGUGUUUACAAACAUUGCCGCACGAGGGCAAUGCGCGCAAGUUGGUGGCAGAACAAGGCGAGUUCUUAUAGAACGCCAGCCAAAAAAAAACCUCUAUUUACAUGUUGCUUAUGAGUGCAUUUCACACUACUUUAGGAUUAUAAUGGGAUUUUAAGGCUCGUAUGAACGUCCUGCUUAAUAUAAUGUUUGUGUCAUCAUCGCAAAUCAGCUGCAUUAUACUUAAACACUUCAACUUCAACCAGUAAAAUGUAUCUUUGGCUAGCUGUUGCUACAGCCUAUAUCAAUGAGCGUUAGCAUUCUAGUUAACAACUGCGGCAACCAAAAUAGUUAUUUUGCAAAGAUCACAACCAAAAUAUAAUCUUAGUGACUGUUCAAGCAAGAAUCAAAACAUCAUUGUAAGCGUAUGAGAACCCAAAAAAGUGAUUUUGUUUAGAAGUAAUACAAAUUGAAGUCUAAGCUAUGUUGAAUGGGCGCAGAUAGUGAUGGCUUUCUAACUGCCGCCAAGAGUCGCGUGCAUCUCUGCGUGAUGCCAGUGUGUCAUGUACUGGAAAAGGGUCUAUGUAUAGGUAUAAGGUGACUAUGCAUCAGGAUAUAUGAUGAACAGAGUAGCAGCAGCGUAUAUAUGAUGAUUGUAUGUGAGUGUGUGUGCAUGUAGAGUCAGUAUGAAUGUGUGUACGUGUUAUGUGUGAGCAAAUGAAGUGUGUGUGUUGGAGUGUGAGUGUGUAAAGUCCUUUGAGUGUGCAUGGUCAGUACAGAAAAUGCAUUAAACAUUGGGCAAUGAGUUGGAUUGAAGACAUGCAUAAAGAUAUAGCCCUAGAGAUGAUGAUGGUUUUCCUUUGACCCGCUUGCUCAGUCCUAGCAAAGCUGCUGCUGCGGCCAAGUGGAGACUUUAUACAGUGCAUUCGGAAAGUAUUCAGACCCCUUCCCCUUUUCCACAUUUUGUUACGUUACAGCCUUAUUCUAAAAUGGAUUAAAUAAAUAAAAAUCCUCAUCAAAUUCCCCAUAAUGACAAAGCGAAAACAGGUUUUUAGAAAUUGUUGCAAAAAAAAUAAUAAUCCAGAAACACCUUAUUUUUACAUACAGUAUAUGCUCAUACAAUCCAUGCAUUGUAUUGAAGUUUGUUGCUGCAAUCAAUACAUGCUGUUUUUACAGGAGAGGAAGAUGACAAGGUGCCUCACGUUGAGGGGGAUGAGGACUAUGUGGACCUGGCGGCCAGCAUUUCAGACGGCAGUGAGGAUGAGGAAGAUGAUGACGAGGAUGAAGAUGAGGAAGCAGAUGUGGAGAGUGACGUGGAGAGCGGCUCAGAGGACGAGUCCAGUUCAGAGUCAGACGAGGACAGUGACGGCAGCGGGCCAGAUCUGGCCAGGGGGAAAGGCAAUGUGGAGAGUGACGUGGAGAGCGGCUCAGAGACGAGUCCGGUUCAGAGUCAGACGAGACUACGGCAGCGGGCAGAUCUGGCCAGGGGGAAGCAUGUGGAGAACUCACGGGACGCGGAUGUCCUUUUUUUAAAAAAAAUGGUUAAAAAAAAGGACCCGGCCUUUUUUGGGGGCCCCUCUGGUUUGUUCUCUUCUAUUUUUGGGGUGUUGUGGGUAGUACUAUUUGGAGGUGUUUCGCUGGUUGGACAAAUCAAAAUCAACUUGAUACCUUUGUCAUUUUCUCCUCCAGAUCCUUGACUUUCAUUGCCUAUAACCAUGAUCAAUCUAUGUUGAGGGGCCGUUUCUAUGGCGAUUUAAAGGGAACGACUCAGAAAUACACAAUGAAAACAGGAAUAGAUUGUCUUUGCGGAGGGUGGAUAUUGAAAUUCAGUCUUUUAGCUUUGUAAAUAAAUAUAUAUUUAGUCCCUAUUUAGUUUUGUAUUCAGCGGAUUUCAUUUAUAAAAAGCCCAUGUUUUCACUCACGAACCUGCAGCCAAUAGCUAGCUUGUCAGUUGACGUUCGAAGUUAGCGCCGUUUUGCCGCGGAGCAGCACCACAGAGUUCUAUUGAGCAGUGACCACUUUUUGAUCAUGCCUGUGAGGACAUUCCAUUCACUCUAAACAUGCUAAAUUCAGAAUAAAUCAUCAGUAACUUUUGAACCAUAUAUGGUAGAGACAUGGGGUUUGGACUAUUGUUUUUCUGACAGAAUGUUCUAUUGAAUGGACUGUGAUUGAAUUAAUCAUUUUAUGGGUGAACACGCUAUAUAAUGGCACAGAUACAAAGAUGAGUCCUCUAUCUAUCUCUAUGGGGGUGUCAAACUCAUUCUAUGGAGGGCCUAUCAUUGUUAAAGUUGUAAAUAUGUAUUUAUUAUUUUUAUCGUUUCAUUCUCUUCUCUUUUUGCAAUGCACUGUUGGAGCUUAAGAAUUUAACUGUACCCUGCAAUUACAUCUGUGACCCUGUGCAUGUGACUAAUAAACUCAUCUAAUCUAGGGUCUGAUGGUUUUUGCUAAUGUUCUUUACUAAUCAAUUACCUUAAUUCAUCAAUCAAGUAUAAGGGAGGUACGACAACCCAGCAGAUGCUCAGCCCUCUGUGGCUUGAGUUUAACAGUGACCUAGGGGCAAUUCCAUGGUAACGGAAUUGGUAUUCAUUUUUCACUUCAAAAUGUAUACCAAACAAAAACUAUUGAUUUUAAAAGUUUUACAAACCAUCUAACUCUAUUCGCAAGGACUACUUUUAAUAAAUUCCACUGAACAUUUUACAAAAACACAUUUACAAGAACAACUGUGCAGAUACAAAGUUUGGUAACAGAAUAAAAUGGAGGGAGAUUUUACUGUAAUUCUGUUACCGAACUUUGCAUCUGCACAAUUUUUACAGUAAUUUUUUUUUUUUUACUGUGUAAAUUGUUCAAAGUAGUCAUUGUGCAUAGUUGUAUACACCAAAAACAAUGUUUUUUGUUUGUCAUACACUUUAAAGUGAAAAAUAGGAGACUCAGCAUAAUUCCGUGAUCAUGGAAUUGCCCCUGACUAGUUACUUUAACAUCUUUCUUGGUGGCUAUCAAUAGACUGGAGAAUAUCUACCAUCUCUUACUGUAGUUAGAGUAGCUAACUAGAGAUGUUAAACUUAUGCUCUUCAUAAGUAAAUAGCAGUAGGCUGCAUUACUAGCUUCUGAUCUGCAGUAUUGAAUACUUCUAUUCAGUUCAGUUUGGACACCAAUAGAUGUGCAUAAUCAGAAUUGAGUACUGAGCACAAAAAUUGCUCUAAUAAGCUUACAUGUGAGGUAGGCUGUUCUUGGUUGUUACGACAAGUAUGAUAGUAUUAGUAAGUAAGAGAGUAGUGUGUAUGUAGAAAGGAUAAUAACUAAUCUGGUUUUCUGUUAACUUCCAUUGACAAACUGUCUGACCUCUUUACAGAUACUCCUCCGACGACUUAGCCAUCAUGGCUUCCAAAAAGGGCCAAAGCGGCGAUGACCGCUUCCAAAAAGUGAAAAAGGACCCACGCUUCUGGGAAAUGCCAGAGAAAGAGCACAAAAUCAAGAUUGACAAGCGCUUCCAGUCCAUGUUCCACGACGAUCGCUUCAAGCUCAAGUACACGGUCGACAAACGCGGCCGACCUGUCAACCACACCACCUCCGAGGACCUGAAACGUUUCUACAAUCUCUCUGACUCGGAGGAGGAAAAGGAGGAUGGAAAGGACAAAGAGGAGAAGAAGAAAAAGAAGAAGACAAAAGCAAAGUUGGACUCUGGGGAGGGAGAGGAGAAGGUAGUGGAUGAGCCUAAAAAGCCUCUGAAGAAAGAGAAAGCUUCACAGUCCAUAAAGAGUGGACCUAAAGGAGACCAGCCUAUCAGAGGAGUCAGACUGUGUGAGGAGGGUAAGGAGAAGAGGGGACCUAACAUGCAUUACACCUCAGGGCCGCUGCUAAAGCAAAUGCGUUAAAAGAAAUGUUUCAAGUUUUAUUGUCACGUGCACAAGUACAGUGAAAUGCGUUUCUUGAAAGCUCUUUCCCAACAAUGCAGUAAUCAGUAUCAGUAGUCCUAUAAAGUAAAGUAGAACAAAACACACGAGAAAUAGAAAUUAGAAGAAUACGAGAAAGUAAGUAAGCUGUAUACAGGGUCAGUGCCAAUACCAUAUUUACAAUGUGCAGGGGUAGAUAUAGACCCCUUUCUGUGUUUACAAACAUUGCAGCACGAGGGCGAUGCGCGCAAGUUGGUGGCAGAACAAGGCAGAGUUCUUAUAGAACGCCAGCCAAAAAAAAGCCUCUAUUUACAUGUUGCCUAUGAGUGCAUUUCACACUACUUUAGGAUUAUAAUGGGAUUUUAAGGCUGGUAUGAACGUCCUGCUUAAUAUAAUGUUUGUGUCAUCAUCACAAAUCAGCUACAUUAUACUUAAAAAACACUUCAACUUCAACCAGUAAAAUGUAUCUUUGGCUAGCUGUUGCUACAGCCUAUAUCAAGGAGCGUUAGCAUUCUAGCUAACAACUGCGGCAACCAAAAUAGUUAUUUUGCAAAGAUCACAACCAAAAUAUAAUCUUAGUGACUGUUCAAGCAAGAAUCAAAACAUCAUUGUAAGCGCAUGAGAACCCAAAAAAGUGAUUUUGUUUAGAAGUAAUACAAAUGUAAGUCUAGGCUAUGUUGAAUGGGCUCAGAUAGUGAUGGCUUUCUUACUGCCGCCAAGAGUCGCGUGCAUAUCUGCGUGACGUCAGUGUGUCACGUACUGGAAAGGGUCUAUGUAUAGGUAUAAGGUGACUAGGCAUCAGGAAAUAUGAUGAACAGAGUAGCAGCAGCGUGUAUAUAUGAUGAGUGUGUGUGUGCAUGAGUGUAGAGUCAGUAUGAAUGUGUGUGCGUGUUAUGUGUGAGCAAAUGAAGUGUGUGUGUUGGAGUGUGAGUGUGUAAAGUCCUUUGAGUGUGCAUGGUCAGUACAGAAAAUGCAUUAAACAUUGAGUUGGAUUGAAGACAUGCAUAAAGAUAUAGCCCUAGAGAUGAUGAUGGUUUUCCUCUGACCCGCUUGCUCAGUCCUAGCAAAGCUGCUGCUGCGGCCAAGUGGAGAUUUUAUACAGUGCAUUCGGAAAGUAUUCAGACCCCUUCCCCUUUUCCACAUUUUGUUACGUUACAGCCUUAUUCUAAAAUGGAUUAAAUAAAUAAAAAUCCUCAUCAAAUUCCCCAUAAUGACAAAGCGAAAACAGGUUUUUAGAAAUUGUUGCAAAAAAAGAAUAAUCCAGAAACACCUUAUUUUUACAUACAGUAUAUGCUCAUACAAUCCAUGCAUUGUAUUGAAGUUUGUUGCUGCAAUCAAUACAUGCUGUUUUUACAGGAGAGGAAGAUGACAAGGUGCCUCACGUUGAGGGGGAUGGGGACUAUGUGGACCUGGCGGCCAGCAUUUCAGACGGCAGUGAGGAAGAUGAUGACGAGGAUGAAGAUGAGGAAGCAGAUGUGGAGAGUGACGUGGAGAGCGGCUCAGAGGACGAGUCCGGUUCAGAGUCAGACGAGGACAGUGACGGCAGCGGGCCAGAUCUGGCCAGGGGGAAAGGCAAUGUGGAGAGUGACGUGGAGAGCGGCUCAGAGGACGAGUCCGGUUCAGAGUCAGACGAGGACAGUGACGGCAGCGGGCCAGAUCUGGCCAGGGGGAAAGGCAAUGUGGAGACCAGCUCGGACGAGGACAGCGAUGAUGACGUGGAGGCCGUCUUGAAACGCGAGGAGGAGGAGAUCCAGCACGACUGGGGCGAGCUGUGCAAGGACGCGCCGCGGAGCGAGGAGGUGAGGAGGUCUAAGGCUGUGUGUCAAUUGUCCAGAGGGACUUCCUCUACUCAUUUCCUUUCGUCAUCUAAAAUGACAUAAGAAAUUGCAUGUUCCAAUGUUGUCGGUUUUUACUACAACAGGUAACCCAAAGGCUGGCCGUGUGUAACAUGGAUUGGGACCGGAUGAAAGCCAAGGACCUGCUGGCUCUGUUUAACUCCUUCAAGCCUAAAGGAGGGGUUGUGCUCUCUGUGAAGGUAAGGCUCCAUUAAUUUGCCUUCUGGCUGUCACUCAAUUACGAUGGAUGUGACACUGCUUCACCAGACCAAGUCACAAAUAUUAUAUAUGUUUAACACUGUGUGUUUUUUUUAGAUCUACCCCUCAGAGUUUGGGAAGGAGCGGAUUCAGCAGGAACAGACCCAGGGUCCCCUGGAGCUGAUGGCCCUGCCAGAGGAUCCGGACAAAGACACAGAGGAGGAGAAGUAUGAUCUAGCUACCCCAUUCACACAUCCCUAUCAUCUCUGUAUUAUUCUACCAAAAAUUAACCGGAGAUGAAAUGUAGUGGUCAUACCAGAUCAAAGAUAGGCAGUGAAAUAGUUUCUAUGAAAAGUGAAUUGUUAUUAAUUUAUGUGUGUGUGUGUGAAUUGCAGGAUUUACAGAGAGAAGAUGCGGGACUACCAGUUCAAGCGGCUAAAGUACUACUAUGCGGUGGUGGAGUGCGACUCGCUCGACACAGCCGCUAAAAUCUACCAGGAGUGUGACGGCUUUGAGUACGAGAGCAGCUGCUCCAUCCUGGACCUCCGGUGAGGGAAUAGACAGACACUCAUUUAUACGAAAGUGUACACUGGAGGAAAAUGUGUUCAAUUAAAGUCUAAUAGAAUGUACUCUAUAACUUGAUAACGUAAAGCAUGGUAAUGAAGCUGUCCUCAAAAGAGAGGUGGUGGUACACUAUAUUAUCAAUACAUAGAAUAACAUAAUUGCUUACAUAGUGAUGAAUCUCAUCCUUGCCUAAUAUAUUACCAGUAUAUCAUCGUACAUCGAGGUAUUGCACUUGCACAUGCUAACUACUUAUUAGCAUGAUACCAUUAUCUGUGCUGCUGGUUCCUUCUAAACAUUAGGAUGGCGCUAUACUCCCAUGCUAACUGUUGUGGUGGUCCCUCGUCCCUUCCGUGGGAACAGGUUUGUCCCUGAUGAUGUGACGUUUGACGAGGAGCCAAAAGACUUGGCCACAGACGUGGACCUCUCUGCCUACACCCCCAAGCUCUUCACCUCCACAGCAGCAGCCACGUCAAAGGUUAGGCAUACUCUGUCUAAUAAACUCUUAUGGUCGUAGCAUUAACUCCUCCAUGGUCGGUCCCAGGCUUACCACCUGUGGAGCGAUUGUCCCUAAGUACACUGAAUAAAACUAUAAACACAACAUGCAACAAUUUCAAAGAUUUUACAUUUUUGUCAUUUAGCAGACGCUCUUAUUCAGAGCGACUUACAGUCAGUGAGUGCAUAAUUUUUUUUUCAUACUACUUUUUUUCAUUUUACAGAUCAUAUAAGAAAAUCAGUCAAUUGAAAUAAAAAAAUUAGGCCCUAAUCUAUGGAUUUCACAUGACUGGGAAGACAGAUAUGCAUCUGUUGGUCACAGAUACCUUUUUUUUUUUAAGUACGGACGUGGAUCAGGAACCAGUCAGUAUCUGGUGUGACCCUCAUUUGCCUCAUGCAGCGUCACACAUCUCCUUUGCAUAGAGUUAAUCAGGCUGUUGAUUGUGGCCUGUGGAAUGUUGUCCCACUCCUCUUCAAUGGCUGUGCGAAGUUGCUGGAUAUUGGCGGGAACUGGAACACACUGUCGUACACGUCGAUCCAGAGCAUCCCAAACAUGCUCAGUAGGUGACAUGUCUGGUGAGUAUGCAGGCCGUGGAUGAACUGGGAGAUUUUCAGCUUCCAGGAAUUGUGUACAGAUCCUUGCGACAUGGAGCCGUGCAUUAUCAUGCUGAAACAACAUGAGGUGAUGGCGGCGGAUGAAUGGCACGACAAUGGGCCUCAGGAUCUCGUCACGAUAUCUCUGUGUAUUCAAAUUGCCAUUGAUAAAAUGCAAUUGCGUUUGUUGUCUGUAGCUUAUGCCUGCCCAUACCAUAGCCCCACUGCCACCAUGGGGCACUCUGUUCACAAUGUUGACAUCAGUAAACUGCUCGCCCACAAGCCAUAUACGCUGUCUGCCAUCUGCCCGGUACAGUUGAAACCGGGAUUCAUCCGUGAACACACUUCUCCAGCAUGCCAGUGGCCAUCGAAGGUGAGCAUUUGCCCACUGAAGUCGGUUACAACGCUGAACUGCAGUCAGGUCAAGACCCUGGUGUGGAUGACAAGAACGCAGAUGAGCUUCCCUGAGACCGGUUCUGACAGUUUGUGCAGAAAUUCUUCGGUUUUGCAAACCCACAGUUUCAUCAGCUGUCCGGGUGGCUGUUCUCAGAUGAUCCUGCAGGUGAAGAAGCCGGAUGUGGAGGUCCUGGGCUGGCAUGGUUACACGUGGUCUGCGGUUGUGAGGCCGGUUGGACGUAGUGCCAAAUUCUCAAAAACGACGAUGUAGGCGGCUUAUGGUAGAGAAAUAAAGAUUACAUUCUCUGGCAACAGCUCUGGUGGACAUUCCUGCAGUCAGCAUGCCAAUUGAACGGUCCCUCAACUUGAGACCAACCUUGUCUGACAGAAUUGCACAUUUUUAGAGUGGCCUUUUAUUGUCCCCAGCACAAGGUGCACCUGUGUAAUGAUCAUGUUGUUUAUUCAGCAUCUUGAUAUGUCACACCUGUCAGGUGGAUGGAUUAUCUUGGAAAAGUAGAAAUGUUCACUAACAGGGAUGUAAACAAACUUGUGCGUAAAAUGUUAGGGAAAUAAGCUUUUUGUGCAAAUGGCAAAUUUCUGCUAUCUUUUAUUUCAGCUCAUGAAACAUGGGACCAACACUUUACAUGUUGCGUUUAUAUGUUUGUUCAGAAUAAAUAAGUAUGAAUUGUUCUGAUUGAAAUUAGUAGAUUUUUAUUUUUUCGGCUGAAUUUUUGCAUCUCGUACAUUUUUAUUUCCCCCUAGUCCUAUCAUCUUCUUUAGUUAUAUUUCAGGUUGUGUUUGUUUACAUUUCUGACUUAUUGUGUGUUUUUCACCGAAGGUGGAGGUGACCUGGGACGAGACGGACCACGAGCGUGUCACUGCCAUGAACAGGAAGUUCAACAAGGACGAGCUGCUGCAGAUGGAUUUCAACGCCUACCUGGCCUCCUCCAGCGAUGAUGAGGAUGGAGUGGAGAUGGAGACGGUGGAGAAGGAAGAGGAGCUUCCAGAGGGUAAGAAGAAAACAACACUUGAAGUGAUUUGAUUUUGAUUUGUUUUAUAAAAUGCCUUUCAAACCUGUAUACUCAAAGGACAAAACCUACUUUAAGGUUAUUAUUCUUUGUGCUGGUAGAUUAUUGCCACCGGGGACAAAUCACUAUUACUGGAGAGAUGUUAUUUCACUUAUUUUAAUGUGUAUUGCAUAUGUUUGUUGCACGGAUUUUAUUUCCCCUUUGGUCACCUAGUUAAACAGCCAGAAGAGGCCAGCAAGGAGGUGGAGAAGAAGGCCAGGAAAGGGAAGCAGAGCAGUGGCAAGCAGAUAGAGAAAUACAGAGAGAUGCUGAAGAGCAUCCAGGAGAAAGACAAGAAGAAGGAGGACAAGGGCAUGGAGAUGGAGAUCACAUGGGUGCCAGGUAGGGCCCCAAAAAAUAUAUUUCCACUUUUUCAUUGUCAAUAGUGCGACUUUUCCCCAUAAGUAAGAUAGUGUGACUUUUUGUUGUCAGUGUGACUUUUCCCAUAUGUCAGAUAGUGUGACUUUGACUCUUGUCAGUACAAAUUGCAUUUAGUUGGCACAACCAACCACUAAGCAGCCUCAUAAUUACACUCACAUAUUCAUCACCUCAGGACUGAAGGAGACAACUGAACAGUUGGUGAAGAAGAAGCUAGAAGGAAAGGACAAGCUGACACCCUGGGAAGAGUUCAUUGAGAAGAAGAAGGACAAGAAAAAGCAGAAGAAGACCAAAGGAAAGCAGGUGAGAUCACUAGAUUAAAGAUUGUUGUUACAUGUAUCUCACACACUGUAUUGGAGAGUGACUUUUAUUUCCUUCAGGAAUCAGAUGAUUCGGACCUCAGUGACGAUGAGCUUCCUCCAGACGUUGACUUUGAUGACCCGUUCUUUGCUGAAGAGCUUGGUUCUACGGGUGAGUCGCGUCGUGAAUCAUACUCAAUCAGUUGGCACAUUUACUUGAGUACACCGGUAAAAAGUAUCACAAUAUGCUUUUAUGCAUGAUUUGGCCAUGACUUGUUUUUUUUCCUAAUCUGCCAGAUCUGAAAAAGAAAGCAAAGAGCAAGAAAAACAGAAAGGUGGAGGAGAGGACACCUGAAGAGGAGGAGGAGUUGGAAAAACAAAAGGUAGGUGUCAGUGACAUGUGGGGUUGAAGCACUCGUAUACACUAAUGCAAUGGACUUAAUACAGUUACUGGUAUUCUGAAUGCUGCACAUUACAUUUUGACAAGGUUUGUGAGUAAGCUAAUCAAAAGUAACCCAUUUUAUUUCUCCAUAAAACCACAGGCUGAGAUGGCCCUGCUAAUGGACGACCAGGACGACGACAAGCACAAACACUUCAACUACGACAAGAUCGUCGAGGAGCAGAACCUGAGCAAAAAGAAGAAGAAGAAGCUUCUGAAGAAGGACAACACGAGCCUGGAGGAGGACGACUUCCAGGUCGGAGCAGCCUUUUGGUUUCUUUUCAUGGCAAAGAAAUAGCUUGUACUCAACAGGCGGUAUUUUGACUUGUGUUUUCAACCAUCGUUUCCCAUUGACAUCAAUGAAUGAUUUCUUAAACGUCUCAAAUCAGAAGCUUAAUGAAAACACUUAUUGAUAGGGGAAUUUAGGUUAAAUUACCUGGAAUAAGGUGGAAUUGGUACACAUACAACUUUGCCAAAGUUCAUUCACUUUAAUUAAGGACCAUUUUUCUGUGGCCUUACGAUGCACAAUUUGUUUUACUGUCAAGGCUUUUUUGUAGACCAAUGAAAUCUCAACAUCCCCCUCAUCCCUUCUCUCUGACUUACAGGUGGACGUGAAGGACCCUCGUUUCCAGGCCAUGUUCACCUCCCACCUCUACAACCUGGACCCGUCCGACCCGGGCUACAAGAAGACCAAGGCCACCCAGAGCAUCCAGGUCGAGAAGCAGCGCCGUAGGGAGGAGCGCCAGCGCGACCAGGACGAGGCGCUCAAGAGCUCACAGGCCCCGCCCACACAGGAAGUGGGAGAAAAUAAACAGGAAACAGAUACCAGUGGCCAGGCGGUGGCUGAACCCACCAAGAAAAUGGACCCCGGACUGUCCAUGCUCAUCAAGUCUAUUAAGAACAAAACAGAGCAGUUUCAAGCAAGAAAGAAACAGAAGACCAUGUAGGCCUUUCUAACUGGACUAUUGAGGACUACGUUUCUGGGUGAAAAGCUAUGGACUGCUCUUAACCAGCAGCUAUGUGCAGCGGCCUUACGCUACACUAUCUCUUUGUGAUGAAGAUACUGUUGGUGUUUGUCAGGCCUGAGACAAAAGCCUUGCCCACUUUUGUGAACUAUCACUCUAGAAAAGAGGCCUAAUCAGGAACACGAAGUUGAACAUAGAAUAUGCUAAUUGCAUUGAGACGCUUGUAUAAACCAUGUUCUGGAGGACUGCCAACAGUAAAUGGUGGUUUGAUGGGGCUCUAAAUUAUACAAACCUGCUCUAUAGGCCCAGUCUGAGCCCUUUAAAAUACUUCUUUAUAUAAAAAAAUGACUACACAAUUUUACAGAACUGGUUAAUUUUAUUUUCUAAUUUAUAUGCAACAGUACACAUUCAUAGGUCCAUUGACACUGUCAAACUCACAGCACGAUUCUCAUUGGAAUCUCGUUCUUCAACACUUCAUACUGAUUUUCAGAGAAAACAAGGGGGGAAAAAAUCACCCUAAAUUAAAGUGUAUACAAGUAAGCAAGAUACAAAAAGGCUGUCCCGUUUGAAAAGAGGACCAAUAGUAGUGCAAGAAAAAGUUAACUAUACAUACUUGGGCCUACACUGAGACGGCAACAUACUCAAGUAUCUUAAACCUCAGCACAGGUUUACAUUGCCAUUUGAUGUCUAUUCUCAGUUUAUUAAUCUCACAGAAAACCCAAGGAGAUACUUAGAUUGAGAGGUAACAAUAUUAGCAACACAAAAUGAGUUAACAAUACAAAAUCUUAGAAAUUGCACCAUCAAAUGUUUAAACUAUUUAUCAAGUUACGAAGUACAAAAAUAUUUGAUUAUACCCUAAGUCUCCUCUACAUCAAUGUCGAGUUUCUUGCACAGGUUGAAAUAUCUUGUAUUCAAGUUGUAGUGUUUUACUUGAAAAAGAAUAGGAAUGUUUGAAGUAAAAACAAAAACCUACCUACAACAUUCUAAUAAUCUUGUUAAAUGAGAACUGUGCUUCAUAAACAGUAAAACAAAUUAGUGAACAUAGUGUUAAAUGUGUUAGGACCAACCCUGAACAAAUGCCUAUCCUUCAUUUAAAAGAAGAAAAUAUUUGGUCACUGCAACCCAGUUUUAAGUCAAAAUACGGUCUGACAUACUCAUAAGGCAAUUGAAUAUUGAACUAAACCACCAUUGGAUAUGUUUUUUUUCUUCCAAACCAGGUACACUUUUAAACCCAUAGUUAAGAGCUGAUGCUUGCUCAACAUCCGGAGUGGUGCAUUUACUGUGGCAGUAAAGAGGAAGGGUUACGAUUCCCUCACGUUCGACACCUCAAGCGUAAAAGAUGAGCUCAGGGAUUUGCCCCCCCUGCACACCCGUCCCGUUGGUGCUGUCCGAGGAGCACUGGAACUGGAAGGUGACCUUGCCACACUGCACCUCAGUCAUGCCCUCCUGGCCAAAGUAGCUGAGCUCGUUGCCGUCCAACACUACGCUGGCCGUGUAGAAUGUGUCGGGCUCGAUCUGCACAGGGUAUUCAAACCACACUGGGAAUGUGCUGCUGGAGCCGUCCGAAAAGUACUUGAUGAGGCUCUGGCCCAGCGGCACACCCUGCCUCUUGAGUUCAAUCUUGGC